AUUCAACAUCGUUGGGCAUGCUUCACACACAUCAUAUCGUACUCUUUCUCUUUCUUAGUGUAAAUUGUUGCAUCACUGACCUUCUUCUGUCGAAAAAUACUGCGUUAUUGACGUGAAACUGUUACUAUUUUGCCUAAACAUUGUAUUUAUACAUCAUUGCCACCUCUCUCAAAACCCCUCUUUUCUUUCUCACCUACUUGUCUUUCACAUACAAAUUUUAUCGUAAUGUCGAGCAGAAGGGCAAGGCAAUCGUCAACCGGAGCUUCCAAGAUCACCGAUGAUCAGAUCAUGCAACUUCUCUCAAAGUUGCAGCAACUUCUUCCCGAGAUAACAAAUCGGCGUUCCAACAAGGCGUCGGCUUCGAAGGUGCUACAAGAGACUUGCAACUAUGUGAGAAGUUUGCAUAGGGAAGUUGACGAUCUUAGCGACCGAUUGUCGCAGCUAUUGUCCACGAUUGACGCCGGCAGCCCCGAAGCUGCAAUUAUCGAAAGUUUAAUGAUUUGAUUUGAAUCGACUUUUUCUAAUUGCAUGAAAUAAUCCUGUAUUUCGGUUAAUUAAUAAUCUGAUUGAUUCCCUGGGGUUUAUAAUACCCUUGUGGGAGUUAUAUAUGUAUACCGUUUGGAAUUAUAUAUAUACCGU